CCUUUCUCUUUCUAAGAACCAUAUCACUGGACACUUCCCAUCUAAGAUCAGUCUGCUCGGUAAUUUGACUGGACUCGACCUUGGCUACAAUAACCUAGAUGGCGUGAUCACAGAGGAACACCUUGUUACUCUAAAGAACAUAAACCAUCUGGACUUAUCACACAACUCUUUCUCAGGGCAUCUGCCAUAAAAGCUUGGAGCUAAGGGAUUAGUAGAAUUGACUUUAUCCUCCAAUAAAUUCACUGGGUACAUUCCUGAAACAAUUUGUACGUUGAGGAACCUACUUGUCUUGGAUUUAUCAAACAACCUUCUAGAGGGAGAACUUCCUCAGUGUUCACAGAAGCCUAACUUGGUUUUCCUCCUGUUAAGUCACAAUAAGUUUUCUGGCAAGUUCCCAUCAUCAUUGAAGAACUACUCAAGUUUAGCAUUCAUGGAUCUUUCAUGGAAUAAUUUCCAUGGAACAUUGCCAUCAUGGAUCGGAGACUUAGUAUACUUGCGCUUUUUGCAACUAAGUCACAAUUUCUUGUGUGGAGAUAUUCCAGUGACUAUCACAUAUCUUAAGCUCCUUCGCCAACUGAGUUUAGCAGGAAAUAGUAUAUCUGGUGUUAUACCAUGGUCUUUGUCAAAUUUAACUGCAAUGACCCAAAAACAUCCAAGGAAACCUGGGCUUGACAUGUCUGCAUGGUACACUGAAGAAGUGGGCAAAUUUAGAGAAGUUUGGCCUAUUGUGAUGAAGCGCCAAGAACUCAAAUAUGGUACUGGAAUUUUUUAUAUGGUCGGUAUGGACCUAUCACUCAACUACCUAACAGGUGAAAUUCCGGAUGGCAUAACCUCUCUCAAUGGGCUGCUGAAUCUGAACUUCUCAUGCAACCAAUUGAGUGGAGAAAUUCCUAGGAAGAUUGGAGCUAUGAAAUCACUUGAAUCGCUGGACCUCUCAAGGAACAACCUUUCUGGUGAAAUCCCAACAAGCUUGUCAGAUUUGACUUAUUUAAGCUCCUUGGACUUGUCAUAUAACAAUCUUAUAGGAAGAAUUCCACAGGGACGCCAACUUGACACCCUUUACUUGGAGAACCAGUCCAUAUACACGGGUAACAUUGGUCUAUGUGGUACUCCUCUUGAAAGGAAUUGCUCAGGAAACAAUUCACCAGAGCACGACAAUCAACAGAAAAAUCAGAAUGUUUCCGAGCCUGUGUUGUUCUUUUACUUUGGACUUGGGUCCGGGUUUGUCGCUGGCCUCUGGGUCGUGUUUUGCACCCUACUGUUCAAGAAAGUGUGGAGAGUUGCCUAUUUCCGCCUCUUUGACAAGUCGUAUGACAAGGCAUACGUGUUUGUGGUUGUUACUUGGGGUAGGAUAACCGGCAAGGCGACAACAACUUAAGUGCGACACCCAACAAGAUAAUGCAAAUCUGGUGAAGUUCUUUCACCCUAGUACUGAAGCAUGAAAUAAAUGAAGGUGCCACGGCAUUUGGUAGCUUGUGCUAGUAUAUGUUCUUUUCUGUCCGGUAGACUUGUAAUACGAACUUUGGUCUAAUGCAUGUAACUGUUAUAUUGGAUUGUACUUAUGAGUCAUGAUGAACUCACAUGGUUUUAAUUUUCCGGCUCUA